UCGUCAUUAGCUAUCGAUCGGGCGAGCAGCAGCUGUUUCGGCACGGGUGCGCGUAUCCCUCCGGUGGUUAUUUUAUUUUCAUUUUUUUCUCGUUCACUUUCAAUGCGGCCAUGUGUUUGUCGUGAGAGGGCUUCGCACGUCUCGCGUCUAUUCUGAUAUCUAUGGUACGCCGUUUGCGUUGAUUUUGGCGAGCGCCGAGCCCAGUGCUUGUUUACCUGCUGAGUGUGUCGGUCGUCCGUCCGCGUUGUGCGUCUCCGUCGUCGUAGUCUUCUAGAAGGCGGCUUCUGUAGUGCGUUUUGCCGAUCGAUUACAGUCGGCCGUAGCACGUUCGCGCACUGCACCGUACGAUUUUCCGACGAUCGUCGCGGAUAUCUAUCAAACACUGUGCUCACUUAAUUCCCCGGGCGGUCCGGGUUCGCCGAUGUCGCGCAAUGACCGUUAACGUGCGACGAUUGCCACGCGUAAACUGUACCGCGGUCCGGAUUUGGUCGUCUUUGUGUGCUCGAUAAACGAUGGAGAAAACGGCAGGAUAUGGCGAUUUGGCUAUGACAAAUUUUUAUGGAGGCGUGCUGAGACAAAAACCGGCGUCUUAUUUUGUUCUACAUCAAAAAACCAAAAAUGUGCCAUCGUCGAUAAGACUGUAAUUAAUGAAGAUUAUGCAUAGCUUAUAUUUAAUAGAUAAUUGUACCAUAAACAGUGUCAUAAUGAGUUGCGUUCCGUGUGGAGAUCCCUGUAAUUCCGUGUCUAAAGACGACUUGGACCGAUGGACGAACAGUUUAAAAAAUGUGUUAGCCAAUCAGACUGCACUAAAAAUGUUCGAAGAUUAUUUGCACUUGUGCAAAUUGGAUUCUGCGGAUAUUUUGGAGUUGUGGAAGAUGUGUGACCGUCUUUUGCGCUACGUGCACCACAAGAAAAUCGAAAACGAAUCGUCGAAAAUCAAUGAAGACUACGAUGCUAUAAUAGAGUGCGCUGGUGACGUAGAAGGACUGACGGGACACCAGUUGCGCCGAUUAGAAGAGACCAAGAACAGAGGGCCGAAAAAGAUAAUAUCCCGCGUAGAGAAAUUACGGCAGACAGCUUAUGAACUAAUGCAACACGAUUAUGGAUUGUUUAGGAAAAAAUUGUUAAAAGAUCACAAGAUAGUGAAAAAAUAACGUUGUUUAAAAGGAACCACUAUAAGUUUUAUUUCUGUUAUUAAUUGUAUAUUAUUAUUUUUCAAGUACAAAAUAUAUAUUUAUAUUGCUUAGG